AAAACGCUUUCGCUUUAAAUGCAUUGAGAGUGAAGGAGGAAAGUGUAGACGACAAAACUCUCUAUCCAAAUUCCAACCUAAAAUCAUAAACAAUAUUACAAGUAUAACAAUACCCAUUACUUUAAUCUUUCUUCUAUUCUUCUUUGAUCUUUCUCUUCUCAAUCCGAAAAAAAUGCAGUCCAUGCUGAACCUUUAUGGCUCCUAUGGCCUUCCACUAUGUGUAUCUGGGAUCACUCAAUCUCAUCAUCUAACUCUCUCCAAAGAGAUGGCUGAUCAUGAUCGCAGAAGGGAGGCUAUGAAGAAGCAAAGAUCACGAGGUAGACACGCAAAUCAAGAGAUGGGUAUGGAGAGAAACCAUGCGAGAGAAGUUGUAGAGAUCACAGAAGGUGAGGUUGAUGAAGAUCUAGCUUGUGUUUUGCAGGAUCUGUACAACAUUUGUUCGUCUUGUACAGCAAAAGCUGCAUAGAUUGUUAAAAUCAUUAGACAUGCUAGCUGCCUUUACCCUUCAAAUUUCUUUGAUUCUAUUUACCUUUCUUUUAAAUGUUUUCUUUUUGAUCUUUGGCACUUCUCCCUAAUAUGGUUUAUGUGAUAUAUUGGUUUGAUCUUUGCCUUGA